AUGCGAAAACCCAUCAACUAUCUAAUUGUGAACAUGGCUAUGUCAGACCUACUGUUCCCGAUAUUCUUGAUCCCGAAAACUGUAAUAGAGAUACAUGACGAUGAUUGGCCCAUUAGAGGCCAUCUUGGCGAGGUUUUGUGUAAGCUCGCUCCUUUUUCAGCCGAUCUCUCCUCUGCUGUGUCAAUUCAGAGCCUUGUGCUGAUCGCAGUGGAUCGAUUUGUAGCUGUGGUAUUUUCCCUCCGUUCCCCGCUCUUCAGUUCAAAAUUGUACCGCUUUUUUAUUCUCGCCACGUGGAUCAUCGCCAUGGCUACAUUCAUCCCUUACCUGGUCGCGUUCAAGCUGGUCGAAUAUGAUCAUGAGUACAAGUGUGUGCGGCAAUGGAUGCGUGUUUUUGACGAUUCCUCGUCGGUGACAAAAUACUUUAUGGCACUUUUUAUUGCAUUUUUUUAUAUUCCCUUCGUUCUGAUGUUUAUUCUAUAUCUUGCGAUUUUUUUGAAACUGAAGUCCCAAAGAGGACAAGGCGAACGCUCAAUGAACGCUCAAAUUCAGCGCUUGAGAAGGGAGAGAAAUGCGCUGAAGCUUUCCAUUGCUAUUGUGUUAGGGUUCGCUGUAUGCUGGAUUCCAUUCAGUAUUUUUGCAUUAGUACGUAUGUUUGCAAGUGAAAACAAUGCUACAAUGUCCUGUGGAUUCAAACAGUUAUUAGAGCAAGUUGCUCUGCUACUGAGUCGAACAAAUAGCGCUAUGAACCCCUGCAUCUGUUUUAUUUUCAGUGGAAAUUAUCGCCAAGGUCUUAACAAUCUCCUCGGCUGCUGAGUGAGUUGCCAGGGCUAAUAAAGAUGCAAUGUAUCAUGGCAGCCGCUUUGGAAUAUAAUAAGAAUUGUUUGUAAACUGAACUGAAACUAAAUUAAAUACAUCAUUAUGAAAAGUAAAGAACAUCCACACUUAAGGGUUUAGAAACAAAUCUGUUGCCGUAUUAACAUUUUUUCCUAGGGGUGAACCAUUGAUAUGCAUUAAGGAAUUCUGUCAACGUUGCAUUAGAAACAACUAUGAAUAAAAUAUAUUAAUCAAGUAGUAUCUGCUAAGGAUAGGAUAUCGAAAUAGGAUAUCGAAUGUCGGUGAACGUGACCGCAAUGAUGAAUGGAGCACAGGUACCGAGCUGCUUAAAUCCAGUUACUGAGGGAAAGAGAAUCGGAUUCAACUUUGCCAACAGCUUUUAUAAAAUAUAAAAUAAAUAAAUAAAGACAGGAAAAAAGUUAUUAAGCGAGUAAGGAAAGAAGUUUUUACUGUGGGAAAAAUCUUUUGGAUCUGUUCCUCAUGCAGAACUAAAUCCAACUCAGUAAUGUAUAUACCGUCUUUAUUUUGUAUUUUGUUAUUUUUCUUCCCCUGCGAGGCGUGAUCUGAAUUAAAAAGGCAAUAAAAUUAAGCAAAUGACUGGAAAGCAAAUACUGAUAUACCUUUAUUUGUUGAAUAACGUUUGACAGCUGGUUCCGUGUGAUGACAGCCUAUAAUUAUUGAAGGAAAAUGUUCCAAGAUGUAGUGCACAGUAUUUUAAAGGAUUAUAGAGAAACCAAGAGUUUCUUUUGAGAAAAACCCAGUAAACUGAAAAAUUUAAUUUUACUGUUUUCCGUUGCCAUCAACGACCGCAUAAACGCACUUAUAUUAAGUGCUCUGGUGAGGUCAUUUAUUCAAGGUGUAAAUAUUACUGAGUGGCAAAUGUCAUGAAGACCCCGAGGUAAAAGCAAAUUACAAAGUGGCCGGUGAUAUGAGUGCUAAGGAAGGAAUUGAUGAAGUUUAAAUAGCGCAAAAUUUCUUUCAAUUCUAGAUCAAUUUUUUUUCCUAAUUCAGUCAAACCCCAAUGUCCCAUGUACUUCUUUGAUAUCUCUUUUUAUUUCUGACGCCAAAGAAUAAACAGAUGUUAUUCUUUCUAUUGCUCUCAAUAUAUUUUGAUCCCUUCAAGCAAAAUUACGCUGCUUUGUCUUUGUCAUACAGUUCUUAUUUUAAAAGUUGGGUUCAGAGCCAAAGAUUGGUUGAAAAAAGGGAAAUUAUCGUUUGCCUAAAACAACCUCAGGGGUACGGUUCAUCGAAACCGAUAUUUAUUCUUUUUUUACUCUUUAGUCUUUUUGUUAUUCGUUGAUAGUCGUUGAUAGUCGUAUCACCUGUUCUUUGUUUUACCGCGGAGACUGAAAUUUGCCGCUCGGCGAUGUUUACAUUUUGACUAGAUGGACUCGCCGAGGCACAUAUGGUUGAUGAGCUUAUGCAGUCGUUUAAGUCAACUAUUUAUUAUCCAUUCGCUAUUAUGCUUUUUAAACUGAAAGAAAGAAAAUGCAAAAUUUUUACAGAGCGGCUUUACGCGAUACAAAUGGCCGGAAUACGUUGAUUAAAAAGCUGUCACCGUCGAGAGAAUUUCGAAACCCGUUAAAUAGAAAGUGACUUAUUAAUUGAGCUGACAGUUGGAAAUCCCCAAAAGGAAUGUUUACACGAAAAGUAGUCUCGCAAUAUGCAAAGGUGUUUGAAGAUAAAGACCGAUUAAUUAAGUUAUUAUGACAGAGAUAGUUUACCAUAGGGUUGUUUUUUACCUAUUGUUUUUGUAGUUAAAUAGGGCGAAUGAAAGGUUUUUUUAUUAUCUAAAAAGUCAUUUCAAAACAGUCACAACAUGAAUCAAGAAGAACAUGGAACUUCAAUUUCUAAGAUUGAUCUUUUCCAGCACUAGUCAUUUCAGUUAGCGCUAAACUUAAAUCAUCCGCUCAGCUGAAGGGAAGUUUCGUGAACAAAGUGCCAUCAAGCACAAGCUUAUUAGAUUCAAAUUGCUAACUCGGGUUGAGCCCUGUGCAUAAAAAUUAUGUGUCAAUACCGACAUAUUUCAUCGGGAGGUCUUUCAAAAGACAGUUAUUAAGUGGCGUUUUCAAUGCAAACAUCCGUAGGGGGUCUUUUUCCAUUGACGUACUCAGUUCACAAACUUCUUACAACCAAAUGACCACUGAGAAAAAUAAAAAUUACUGAAACCAUCAAUUCGUACCACGAAAGAUCUCAAUAUGUGAACUGGAAUCGGGAAACUACUAUACAUGUUGUAUUUCAAAACGUGAUACGUUUUAACCUUAAACAAUCCUAACGGCAAGAACAUGUAGUUUAACAAAUGAAUUUAUAUUUUUAGUUGGGGUUUUGCGAAGUCUACAAAUGGGUAGAUAUGUUUACCGUCACCUACAGCGCCACAUCUCAACUUCAGCAUAACGUAUGAGAGCGGUGUCGAAUUCUAAAUUUGCCUUCGGGGUUUCCGUUCCCAGUGGACGCAAAUUUUUGGUCAUUUCACGUUGAUGUUUUGCAGAGGACGGCUAAAAUAAUGAAGGAAAUUUUAAAACGCACGUGCUGAGCUAUUUGUUUUACCCAUUAGAUCCUUCGUUUGUUCCGUUCUCGUCUGGGCCGUCUGAGUAUGAUCAUAUUUCUAAGUUCGUAAAAAUAAAGCCAGAUCAGAUGAGAAAGUACAGAGAAGUGGUUCAUUAACUUGAUUCACAUCUAUGACCAUCUAUGGCUUAAAAAUGAAUUUUUAAUUUACACGCUCAGAGAUUCUGAGUGUCUUCCUCAGGUUGCACUUCUCUUGUGGGUUCUUACACUCUAUUUAAAUAAGUGUUUUCUUCACUCAAUUUAUGGAAAAAAGUCUGAUUAUUAACAUAUAAAUUAUAAUAGCCAUUAGUUGGACGGAAAUAAUCCAAAGUUGUCUGGCAGGUAUUAAAGCUGAAAGUAAACUGAAAAACGUUGUAUAGUCGCCUUUUGCAAUACCAUUUGCCGUUAACGUCACACUUAAACUUUUCUAUUUUAGAAAAACUUCUUUCUCAUGCAUGAUGAUUCUGAGACAAGCUGUCAACUGUCAUUCAACAUCACUAAAUUAUUCUAUUUCGGUAGUUGCCAUUCUAUCAUGUGCUUUAUUCAUGUUUGCCUUUAGAUUCAGAUCACGCAUUGCGUUCAGCUACCUUCCUUAAAAAUGACUUGUGUUUCGUCUUUUAUAUGUAAAUAAACUUCUCUAAAAUUGUUGUUUUCACUUCUUGUCUUCCAAGUCUAUCUGUAAUCAUACUCGUGAUCAACAAAUCGGACUCCCACUUCGCAGUCGUUUGAUUUAGUCGAUCCCUCGUAUGAUUACAGACCGAAUUAGACUUCACUCGGUUUUAUUACCAUCACUAAUCUGUUUCGCUUUCUAUGGAAAUUAUCAUCAAGGCUUUAAGAGUCUCUUUAGCUGAUUUCUUUCUGGUUGACCUAGAUGCUUUUUAAACCGAAAGAGAGAAAAUGCUAAAUAUUUUAUGGAGCGGCUUUACACGAUAUAAAUGGCCGGAAUACGUCGAUUGAAAAGCUGUCACCGUUACAAGAAUUUCGAAAGUCUUUGAGCUGAAAGCGACUUAUUGAUUAAGCUGACAGUUGGACAGCUGGCAGUUCUUUCUGGUUGACCCAUAUGCUAUGUUGUAGUUUGAGCCCCCGAGCUGUUGCAUGUUCGCUCACUAGCUUACGAUGUUUCUGGUGCAGGUACACAAUAUGUCAGCUUUACUGCUGAUAUAUAACAGAAAUGGGUUAAUUAAUACGACUUUGAAGUGAAACUCCUUCUUUGAAUAGUCACGAACGAAAUUUAAAGAUUAGGAUACAACUCAAUCGACCCCGCCAAAAAAAAAUAUAUAUAUAUAAAAUAUCUUGUCUACUGGUAUUCUGGCACUUAUUAAUUCAAAAUGACCGGUUAAGGAAGUUGAAAUAAACCAGGAUCUUCAAACUCCUUAGAAAAAGUCACUUCAGACCGCACGACUUCGUGUCUAUACCUAACUGGCAACUCAAAGUAUUUUUAAGAAAAUUUUUAUGACGGCUUAAACCGUUAUUUAGAAUAAUUAUGGCUUAAUGAUCGUUUAAUAUAUAUAAUUCUAGGUACAUAUUUUGUAAACACUUUUUGUAGAGCGCUGUCGUUGAAAUUUUUCCAAGAGGUUAAAGGAUCAGAUAAAAAAAUAAGAUCGAAUUGAUCACAUGUAGCAUCCAGUAAAUAAAGACAAAACAUAUUACAUAACCACCGCCCUUUCAUGACUUUUGUGUUCGCGAAAAAUUAACCCGACCACGCCUUGUUAUAUAUACAAGAAAACAUAUAAUUAAAAUCUUCUUUUUUCACAAUGAAAAGAAAGUUAACUUAUUGUUUGAAUGAGUGUGCUUGAAAUAGGUUUAAACGAAGGGACGAAAUUAUAUUUAGAGCAAUAGAAAGAAUAACAUCUGUUCAUUCUUUGGCAUGAGAAAUAAAAAGAGAUAUCAAAGAAGUACAUGGGACAUUGGGGUUGACUGAAUUAAGAAAACAAAAUUGAUCGAGAAUUGAAAGAAAUGUUGCGCUUUUUAAACUUCAUCAAUUCCUUCCUUACCACUCAUAUCACCGGCCACUUUGUAAUUUGCUUUUACCUUUGGGAGUGCAUGACAUUUGUCGCUCAGUAAUAUUUACACCUUGAAUAAAUGACCUCACCAGAGCACUUAACAUAAGUGCGUUUAUGCGGUCGUUUAUGGCAACGGAAAACGGUAAAAUUAAACUUUUCAGUUUAAUAAGUUUUUUCUCAAAAGAAUCUCUUGGUUUCUCUGUGAUCCUUUAACAUACUGUAUAUUACAUCCUGCAACAUUUUCCUUCACUUAUUAUAAGCUGUCAUCACAUGAAACCAGCUGUCAAACGUUAUUCAACAAAUAACGCUAUUUCAGUUUUUGCUUUCCAGUCGUUUGCUUAAGUUUUAUUGUCUUUUUAAUUUAGAUCACGCCUCGCAGGGGAAGAAAACAGCCAGCUUUCAUUUUAACUUCAUUUUUUCCCCGUUUCCCGCUCCUCAAUUACCAGGCCGUUCUCGCACACACAUUCCUCGCUUUUUGUUAGCUGAUAUUAGUUUUUCACGACUCAUUCUGGCUUGGAAGCUGACAUCCGUCAAGCGUCUGGUACAAAAAUAGUAUGCAAACAAGCGGUCAAUUAAAAAAUACAAAAAUCAGCAUCAAGUAACUGAAGCACAAAUUUAUGAUACGUAUUGAAAGCGUACAAAAACCUUUACAGUUUUACGCCGAAAAUACUGUAGCAAUUAACAAAGAUGUUUAUAAAUAAGGACAUGCAUGUUAUUUUGUGGCAGAUUCUUUCCACGAGGUAGUAUCGCUUCCUUACAGCUAAUUUUUUACGAAACAAAAUAAAAAAUGCGAUAACUAAUAAAUUCUCAGGGAAGUCUCUCCUUUCCUUAAAUUGAAUGUUGUAAUUACCAGCUGUUUACAUACACGUCAAGAGAAGAAAAUAGACUGAGAAAAUGGAACUUUCUAAAACUUUCCUGAGGCCAAUGAUAUUUCUAUUUAAAGUAGAAUUAUCCAAAUGAGAUCAUUCCCAACUCUUUCAUCCGAGGUAACUACAGUUGUAGAUACUUUUGCUAAUCAAAAUGAAGGUUCAGGUACAUCUGUCGAUAUUCUUAAAUUUCUGGAGAAGCUAACGUAUGCAAUUUAGAACAAUAAUAAUAUCUAUGCAAAUCAUCACUGCGUUCACUUAAAAAAAGAGCGUUCAGAGCUGUUGGCUGAAUGUCGGCAAUGUGAUCGCAACGAUGAAUGGAACACAGGUAACGAGCUACUUAAAUCCAGUUACUGAGGGAAAGAGAAUCGAAUUCGACUUUGCUUACAGCUUUUAUGAAAUAACAAAAUACAAAAUAAAGACAGGAAAAAGUUAAUAAGCGAGUAAGAAAGGAGUUUUUACUAUGGGAAAAAUCAUUUGGAUCUGUUCCUCAUGGAAAACUAAAUCCAACUCAGUAAAAGAAGUUGGACUAAAGAAAGUAAAUGAAAGGUAUUUGUCAGUAAUCAGCUUUGUUUUGUUUAUUGAGACUAAAGGUAGCCCCCCGAGAACUACUCGGUGCCAAAGAUUGGUUAAAGAAAGGAAAAUUAUCCUUUUCUUAAAACAACUUCAGGGAUACGGUUCAUCGAAACCGAUAUUUAUCCUUGUUUACUCUUUUGUCCUUUUGUUCUUCUUUGAUAGUCAUAUCACCUGUACUUUGGUUUUACCGCGGGGACUGAUUUUGUUGCUCAACGAUGUUUACAUUUUGAAUAGAUGGCCUCGCCGAGGCACAGAAGGUUAAUGAGUGUAUGCGAUCGUUUAAGUCGGUUAAAGCAACGGAGAUAUCAUCUUUGCUCAAAUACAGAAACAAGAUUAAAGGAAAAAUUUACAUCGUAAGCCAUAUGAAUUCUGUCAUGUAAAUUUGUUAAAUUAUUACAAGUUCUCCUGGUGACUUAUGAAACCAUACCAUUUUUCUCGCAUAUAGGAAAUCGGCUUUGUCCCGGCUGUUUCCUUCCCUUUUAUUACAACUUCCUGAAAGUUUUCUUUAAAACUCCAACCAGUCUACUGAGCAACAAGCUCAGGCUAAUUAAACUUUCGAUGGCAACAUAAUUAAAAAUAAAUUCUGAAUUGAAAAGAAGACUUAUGAAGCCAUACCAUUUUUUAUCGCACAUAAGAAGUCAGCCUUAUAUUGUCCUGUACCCUUCCUUUUUGUUACGACUUCGUGAAAAUUUUCUUUAAUACUCCAAUAAGUUUACUAAGCAACAAGACUAAUCAGUAAGUUAGAGGCUGGAUUAAACUUUCGAUGGCAACAUAAUUAAAAAUAAAUUCUGAAUUGAAAAGAACAUUGUAGAUCUUUUCGCUACCAGCUGUCAACCGUUAUUCUAUAUCAGUAAACAUCUGUGGCUGGGCUAUUUCUGGAGCCAUUGGAACAAUAUUGAUAAUGAUUAUAUAAACUCAUAUAGGAUGGGCUCCUGCUUAUAAACUUGAGAAAAUUGUCCCUUUUGCCGACAAUAUUUGAAAAAGCAUAUCGUUUGCUUAAUUUCGGACAACGGCUGAUUCCAACCAUGCUUUUCUUAAUUAGAGGUCUCAGGUGAAGACUGUCGAUUUUCUAGAAUUUUCCCGGGUAUGUUCAUUAAUUAAACAUGUGAAAGUUUGAUCUAUAUAAGAUGGAUAGGCUGUGUUUUCAUCCAGUCGAGUUUAGGUACCCACCGCAAGGCUGUUGGCUGAAGAAAAACCUGAUCUCUUGGUAUCGAAAAACGUCUGCAAACGUGACAGCAAUGGUGAAUGGAACACAGUCCAUGUCGAGCUGCUUCAACCCCACAGCGAAAAGAAUUGGAGGAACCUUCGCCUACUGUCUGCUAUUUGUUGUGUCGCUGGCUGCGAAUACCUUCAUUGGAAUAAUUGUCUAUAGGACGAAAACUAUGAGAACACCAAUCAACAUUUUGAUAGUAAACAUGGCACUCUCCGAUCUGUUGUACCCGAUUUUCCUCUUUCCUAAAAUUUCGGUAGAGUUAAACACGGCCGGCCACUGGCUGAUUGGCGGUCCCCUUGGCCAUGCGGCGUGUAAACUAAGUCUAUUCACUGGAGAUGUCUCAACUCUAGUGUCAACUCAGAGCCUGUUGUUGAUCGCAGUGGAUCGAUUUGGGGCUGUAGUAUUUCCUCUCCGUUCCCCACUGAUUAGUUCAAAGCAGUGCCGGUACUUCAUUCUCGUCAUUUGGAUCAUCGCCAUGGCAGUCCAUUGUCCAUAUUUGAUCGCCCUGAAAGUUGUCGAGUAUCCAGAGGGGCUGUUUUGUCAGUGGCAGUGGAAUGACCCAUUUGGAGAGUCCCUAUCGUUUGAAAGUUACUUUCUGGGAUUGAUCGUUGUUAGCUGCUACGUCCCUUUGGUUUUGAUUGCCAUACUUUAUUUUGCCAUUACCUUAAGAAUUAAAUCGCAGAAGCCUCCAGGGAAGCAAUCAACUAACGCAAGAGAACGGCGUUUGAAGAAAGAAAGAAAUGUUCUUAAUAUGUCCGUUGCCAUUGUCUUGGUGUUCGCCGUAUGCUGGUUGCCACUCAGCAUCUACCUCUUGCUGUCCCUUUAUUCAUCAAACAUAGCUAUGAGGUCAUCUUGUGGCAUGCAAUACUUUAAAACUAUUUCCUUUCUUCUGGCGUACUUGUACUGUGCUGUAAACUCUUGCAUCUGUUUUAUCUUCAGUGGUAGUUAUCGUCUAUGUCUUAAGAAUCUCAUCAGUUGCUUUUCUACAGGCGAAGCGGCUUAG